AUGAGCACAUCACUAUCAAACACAAAAACAAAAGAUGAUGAUGAUGAUGAUGAUGAUGAUGAUGAUGAUGAUGAUGAUGAUGAUGAUGAUGAUGAUGAUGAUGAUGAUGAUGAUGAUGAUGAUGAUGAUGAUGAUGAUGAUGAUGAUGAUGAUGAUGAUGAUGAUGAUGAUGAUGAUGAUGAUGAUGAUGAUGAUGAUGAUGAUGAUGAUGAUGAUGAUGAUGAUGAUGAUGAUGAUGAUGAUGAUGAUGAUGAUGAUGAUGAUGAUGAUGAUGAUGAUGAUGAUGAUGAUGAUGAUGAUGAUGAUGAUGAUGAUGAUGAUGAUGAUGAUGAUGAUGAUGAUGAUGAUGAUGAUGAUGAUGAUGAUGAUGAUGAUGAUGAUGAUGAUGAUGAUGAUGAUGAUGAUGAUGAUGAUGAUGAUGAUGAUGAUGAUGAUGAUGAUGAUGAUGAUGAUGAUGAUGAUGAUGAUGAUGAUGAUGAUGAUGAUGAUGAUGAUGAUGAUGAUGAUGAUGAUGAUGAUGAUGAUGAUGAUGAUGAUGAUGAUGAUGAUGAUGAUGAUGAUGAUGAUGAUGAUGAUGAUGAUGAUGAUGAUGAUGAUGAUGAUGAUGAUGAUGAUGAUGAUGAUGAUGAUGAUGAUGAUGAUGAUGAUGAUGAUGAUGAUGAUGAUGAUGAUGAUGAUGAUGAUGAUGAUGAUGAUGAUGAUGAGAUGAUGAUGAUGAUGAUGAUGAUGAUGAUGAUGAUGAUGAUGAUGAUGAUGAUGAUGAUGAUGAUGAUGAUGAUGAUGAUGAUGAUGAUGAUGAUGAUGAUGAUGAUGAUGAUGAUGAUGAUGAUGAUGAUGAUGAUGAUGAUGAUGAUGAUGUGA